GCACAGGCAGCAGCGAGAGCAGCAGCAGCAACAAACUCUCUCCUGUCUUUUUCUCUUCUUUCCGGAGUUGCUCGCCGCUCAGAGGACGAAAGCCAAGGAAGUAGGAGGGAAGUGAUCAGGGGCUGAUAGCUGCCAUCAAAAACAAAACCUAAUCGCAGACCUGGCUGCCCCCAUGCCUAUCGAAUUUGUUUGCAAAAUCAAAUUUGCAGAGGAGGAUGAGAAGCAGAAAAGCAAGCAGGAUGGGGACAGGGAGAGCCUGAUCGAGGAGAGCUGCACACCUCCGGCCAAGGACUUGGCCGGGUUCGCUAACUCCUGCUCCCUCCAUGGGAUUAACCACAUCUUUGUCUCUGGCCGCCUGGGCAUCCGGCAGACUCUUUGGGCUCUUGCCUUUUUGACUUCACUCGCGCUGUUUCUGUACCACGCGGCUAAGUGUGCCAUUUCUUACCUGGAGCACCCUCAUGUCACAGCGCUCAAUGAAGAGGCGACCCCCGAGAUGGUUUUCCCCGCUGUGACCAUCUGCAACAUCAAUCGCUUUCGCUUCUCCGCUCUCACCGACGCUGACAUCUACCACCUGGCUAACUUGACGGGUCUACCCCCCAAAAACAGGGACGGGCACAAACCCACUGAUUUAAUGUAUCCUGCCCCUGACAUGCAGGACAUCUUCAACAGGACAGGACAUCAGUUAGAAGAGAUGCUUAUGAGCUGCAAUUUCAGCGGGCAGAACUGCUCGGCCGAGGACUUCUCUGUGGUUUACACCAGAUAUGGGAAAUGCUACACAUUUAAUGGCAACAAGACAACGUCCAGGAAAACCAAGCAGGGCGGAAUGGGAAAUGGGCUGGAGAUUAUGUUGGAUAUUCAGCAGGAUGAGUAUCUGCCCAUCUGGAGAGAGACAAAUGAGACGUCUCUGGAGGCCGGCAUUCGAGUUCAGAUCCACAGUCAGGACGAGCCUCCCUACAUCCACCAGCUGGGCUUCGGCGUCUCCCCGGGUUUCCAGACCUUUGUUUCAUGUCAGGAGCAGAGGCUGACCUACCUGCCCCAGCCCUGGGGGAACUGCCGCUCCACCAGCAAAGAGAAGUUCCCAGGAUACGACACGUACAGCAUCAGCGCCUGUCGACUGCUCUGCGAGACCAACGAGGUCCUGCGAGUGUGCAAGUGCAGAAUGGUGCACAUGCCCGGAACUGCAGCUAUCUGCCCUCCCAGUAAAAUCAACUGUGUUGACAAAGCACUUGCGCAGUUACAGAAGAACAGCGGCGACACCUGCCCAUGCGAGACGCCCUGUAAUCUCACCCGCUACGGAAAAGAGCUCUCCAUGGUCAAAAUCCCCAGCAAGGGCUCGGCGCGCUAUCUCUCCAGGAAAUACGACAAGUCGGAGGACUACAUCAGAGACAACUUCUUGGUCUUGGAUAUCUUCUUUGAAGCUUUGAACUAUGAAACAAUCGAGCAGAAGAAAGCAUAUGAUGUUGCAGGUUUAUUAGGUGACAUCGGUGGACAGAUGGGUCUUUUCAUAGGAGCCAGCAUCCUGACAGUCUUAGAAAUACUGGAUUAUAUCUAUGAGGUGAUCAAGCACCGGCUACAGCGUCUGCUGAGGCCGCAGAAAGAGGAGAAGAAGAACAAGCAGCCGACCAGCACAGUGGCAACGGUGGGUCUCGAGGAAAUGAAAGCAAAGGAGCCCAACGACAUGACACGGAGUCACCCAGAGGGGGCGUACGCCAACACCAUCCUCCCCAACCACCACAUCCCCCUCCCCCACCCCCACCCACACCCCCACCCACACCCACACCCUCCACACCACCACCGCGCCGGGCACCACGGAGUGUUCGAGGACUUCGCUUGCUAAAAGCUCCGAACCAUCGUUUCCAGUCCUGGUGACAACAAAAGAUAAGAGCUGUCCGUGCUGAGAUCGAUAACAGACCCCCGGCAUUUCCGUCAUUCCUUUGCUGUCACCAGUGAAAAGCUACAGCCAAAGUCAAAACACCAAACUUGUGCUGCUACAAACCACUUGUACGUACAGUAUGUAGGCACAAAUCGGACACCGCUUCUUUUUUUCCU